CAAUUAAAGAAUCAACAUGUCUAGGCUUGUCGACUACUUUGUGAUCUGUGGUUACGACCACAACAAGGUUAGAAGUACUAAAGAGAGUUGCUCCCAAGUGAUCCAACGGUUCCCUGAGAAGGACUGGCCGGAUAUACCCUUCAUCCAUGGGUUGGAUCUCUUCUGUCAGCCAGGGGGUUGGGUUCUCUCAUCGGAGAGACAGGAACCUAAAUUCUUCAUCUCCAUCCUGACGGAUGUUGAAGGAAACCGUCUCCAUCUACCCUGUCUAACCUUUAGUGAAGCAAUACCUAAACAAGAUCUCGAGUUACGAGGUGUGGACGAGGAGUUUGAGGAUGUGGAUAAACCUGGAAUGUCUCUGGUCUCCACCCGAGCCUCAUCACUACCUAGGCAUGCGAUACCCGGUAUCUCCCUGCCUGUGGACGACAGUGUUAUGUUUGCCCCGAAGUGCCUGGCUCUCAUCUCCAAGCAUGAUAUGCCGGAGCUGUUCAGAAACUGCCUCGGGCUCAUCUACACGGUAUACGUGGAGAGAAUGGUUUCUCCGGGUGGAGAACCGAUACGAUUGGAAACUCUGGUUGGAAACCUGGUUGGUAACGUGACAGUUCCUAGUCCUGGUUCCAGUCCUCUCAAGUUUUCUCUAGGUGCUACAGAUAGACAGAUGAUCCAACCCCCUCUAUACCCUGAUAUGCCUGUCACGGGGUGUAGGGUUGCGUUGAUCUUCCAGCAGUUAGGAAUCAGUAACGUGUUGACCUUGUUUAGUGCUGUCCUUACGGAGCAGAAAAUUCUCUUUCAUUCCCAAUCCUUCUCAAGACUCACAGACAGCUGCACCGCUCUAACAGCUCUCAUUUAUCCCAUGAGAUACAGUCAUACUCUUGUUCCAGUCCUUCCUAGUUCAAUAUUAGAGGUCCUAUCCAGUCCUACUCCUUAUAUUAUAGGUGUUCAUUCCGCCCAUCAGGAGCAUAUUGCUGACCUGUUGGACGUAAUUAUAGUGGAUCUGGAUGGAGGUUGCCUUACUAUCCCGGAGAAUAUGACCAUACAUCAGAUAAUGGAACCUCUGCGCUCCAGAGUACAGUUGGAGCUCUCAAUAUGUUUACACCCGGAGCUUGAACGAGCGGAUAAUGCAUUCCCUGGUAGUGAGAACCUAGAUAAACCAAGUGAGAAACUAGACAAGGAACUGAGAGCUGUUAUGCUGCGACUGAUGGCCCAGUUGCUCCAGGGGUACAGAACCUGUCUAAACCUUGUCAGGAUACAUCCAGUACCAUUCAUAACCUUCCAUAAAGCUGCCUUCCUCGGGUUGAGAAAUCUAUCCCAAGACUGUGAUUUUAUCUCCAGGUUCCUAGAUUGUAUGUUCUUUAAUGAAUUUAUCAGUACUCGAGGUCCACCCUGGAGAAGGUGCGAUAUAUUUGACGAACUCUACGCAAAUAUCGGAGAGCAGGUGAGCGCAGAAACCUUGGAUCCUAGGAAAAUUAUGGUUAACGUUCGUGAACUGUCGAGACAAAUCUUUGAUAACGAGAACUACUGGAGUAUGAACUCUCAGAACGGUCAAAUAUUCAACCAGCGAAUUCCUCUGCCGACCGAAGGUCACAUGAUGCGGGUUCACCAGCCAAUAUUUCCGCUCCUAGACAAGGCGCUCGUGCACAAAAUAAUCAACGAGGGGAGCGCGCACACACAGCUCAGAUCUGAGACAUCCAAAUCAUCUAGUCAAAACAAGUUGGUUCCCAUGGGACAAAAGCAGGACGUAUCCGGUGUGUUUACAGUGUCCGGGAUAGUUCCUAACUCUGCCCGGAGACUGGAGGUUCUCCGGUCCUGUAUAACAAAUAUAUUUGAAAACAAGAUUUCUGAUGCAAAGAAAACAUUCCCAGCGGUCAUUCGAGCUCUUAAAUCGAAGGCAGCAAGAUUAGCACUAUGUGAGGAGCUUGGAACCCACGUGAAGAGGAACCAGGUGAUGCUGGAGCAUCAUCAAUUCGAUCUUGUGGUCAGGCUCAUGAACGCAGCACUCCAGGAUGAUUCUGAUAUUGAUAUGCACGGAGUUGCUGCUGCUCUCCUACCUCUCUCUACAACCUUCGGACGUAAACUCUGCACCGGGGUUAUACAGUUCGUAUAUACACUCAUACAAGAUCAUGCAGUCUGGCAGAAUAUUCAAUUCUGGGAGUCAGCCUUCUAUACUGAUGUUCAGAAGGGAAUAAAGGAUUUGUAUCUAGCAAUAGAAGACUCUAGUUCGGAGUAUUCUAACUUUGAUGUUGUCUCCGCUCAGUUGUCUGUGGAGAAACAUACUGGACCCAGAGCAAGGGAGAUUAGGAAAUCCGCAAUUAUUUAUCCUGAGGAUCCGUCUGUAUUGGAGAUUGCAGCUAGUGAGCUCAAGAAAUGGAAUAGCCUUGAGGAUAGGAUUAAACAGGAACGGGUUAUUAAAGAGGAGCAGACAGUUUACAGCCAGGCAAUUCAUUACACAACCAGAAUGGUUUGCCUUCUUAUUCCAAUGGAUUUUAAACCUGAGAGAAACAAUAAAUCUAUUGUUGAUCACUCCAGUGAUCUAGUUUCAAACUCUAUUUCAAACAGUGUGGCGGAGUCAGACUCUAUUGAUGCAGAGUCAGGGUUUGAUGAUACCGAACCUAAUGAUAACGGUCACACGGUAACAAAAUUUGUAACGAGGUUUGUUGACAAGGUUUGCGGAGAAAGCUCCGUGUCUGAGAAUCAUCUGAAAGCUCUUCAUCAAAUGGUUCCCGGUGUGGUUGCUAUGCACCUGGAAACAAUGGAAGCGGUUUCUAGAGAAGCUAAACGAUUGCCUCCGAUACAGAAACCUAAGUUCCACUCUCCAAGUCUCCUUCCCGGUGAAGAAUUGAUGUGUGAUGGAUUGAGAAUAUAUCUCCUCUCCGACGGACGGGAUGAACACUCAGGAGGAGCUACGGGAGGUCCAGCUCUCCUUCCAGCAGAGGGAGCACUCUUCCUUACCAACUAUAGAAUAGUUUUCAAGGGAAAUCCUCUGGAUCCAUUCGUAAACGAACAAUCUAUAGUUAGAGCUUUCCCGGUAACAUCUUUAUCUCGAGAGAAGAGGUUUACUCUGCACGAGUACGUUAGCGAGAUCGACCAGGUUCUCAAGGAGGGAAUUCAGCUUCGCUCAAACUCAUUCCAGAUCAUCAGAGCUGCAUUCGACGACGAGGUUACAGCGGAACAAAUAGAAACAUUUAGGAAAAAUAUUCACAAGGUUCAGUAUCCACAAACAUUGUGGCAUUUCUUCGCAUUCCGGGGUCAUAUAACCUUAUCAGAGGGAGUGCUAGCGAAGGAGAAAGACAAAAAUGCUAAAUAUUCAACAAUUCGAGGCUUCGCUAAAUCAACCCUGAAGAACGUAUCCAAGGCAACAGGAAUCAAAACCAAAAAUAAGAAGAGUCACAAAUUCAUGCUUCCGACAAACAUGCUUCCUGCCCAUGGUAGGCUGUCCUUAGUAGAGAUGAACACAGAUCAGAGGUUCAGGGAGGAUGAUGAGAUCUCUGAAGUAAAUGAUCAGCUUCCACUCCCUCCUCAUCCAACCAUUAAAGCAUCUGGACCUCUGGAUAGUAAAUGCCUUGAAAGGUUAUCUGAGCGAGGUUAUUACAGGGACUGGGAGAGGUUGGGAUUAGGAAGUUUAGAUCUUGUUACUCUGAAGGGAGCAUACACAGCUCAACCAGCAUCUCUAACUAGAAUAUCUGUUGUUAAUCAUAAAUUUUUAGUUUGUAAAAGUUUACCUCAGCUUCUGGUUGUCCCUGGACGGGUUACAGAUGAUAGUUUAAGAAGACUCUCCAGACUAUACAGACAAAACAGGUUACCAGUCAUCACAUGGAGAAACGGAACCUCUAGAGCUCUUCUUAUUCGAGGCUCAGCCUUUCAUGCUCGAGGUGUCAUGGAUAUCAUUCGUAGACAUCAGGAUAACCAGUCCCUACCGGCACACGAGGUUCCUCACAGCUCAGAGGCAGACGAAUAUCUGAAAGCUGUUAUCUCUUCAACUCCGUCUUCCAUGCUGAAACCAGAGAGUACAUGGAAUAUGUCCGGGAGUACAGCGAGUAUCGCGAGUGUUGGAGAGCUGGGUUUAGGACCCAUUACUCCAACUCUAUCCCGGAGAAAUAACAAUCCUCUAUCCAGAGCUAUGGAAGGUUUAGGAACCCUCACUAGAAACUCCGGUUUAAAAUAUUUAACUCUGAAUCGAAGAUCUGCUCCAAGAAAGGGUAUGAGUCGACGAAGUAAAAGCUUCAGCGGGAGAAAGACUUCAGGCGGAAAGGCGGGGAGACCCUUUGGAGGUCGUCUUUCUCUCUCUAGCAUGAAGGGUCGACCAGGGCUCGGCUCAGAGACAUCUCUCACAGGUUCCGGUGCACUACGUGGUUCCUACAGAUCCAGUGUAGAACCAGAGACAGAGGCCAGCUAUACCUCUCUACCCCGGGCUGCGCUCUACGUAUUCGUGGAUAAGGCGCAGAUGAAGGGGAUUAAGGUUGAAUCCCAUCCGAAGGCAGAUUUUAUCCCUGUUGAAUACCCGGAUACUAGGAAGUUAAGAAACUCUUUCAAGAAGUUGCUCCGAGCUUGUCAUCCCUCAUCAAUAACUCAGGGGCAUAAUAAUUCCAACGAGAGAGGUUUCCUCAGCCUGGUUGAAGAAAGUGAAUGGUUAUCUCUUCUCCAGAGUGUAAUGCAGUUGGCAGGAGCUGUAACAGAUCUAAUAGAUCUCCAGGGUAGCAGUGUUAUACUAGCCCUGGAGGACGGUUGGGAUCUAACAGCUCAGGUCUCCAGUUUAGCACAGCUCUGCCUGGAUCCAUACUAUAGAACUAUACAGGGUUUCCGUGUGCUCCUGGAGAAGGAAUGGUUAGCGUUCGGUCACAGGUUCGGAUACAGGAGUAAUCUAAACAAUGCGAACCAGGACAGUGGGUUUACGCCAAUCUUUCUCCAGUUUUUGGAUAUAGUUCAUCAGCUCCUUAAUCAGUUUCCGAUGGCUUUUGAGUUCUCACACUUUUAUCUCAAGUUUCUGGCGUAUCAUCAUAUUAGCUGCAGAUUUCGUACAUUCCUAUUAGAUUCGGAGUGUGAGAGAGCUGAAGUUGGAUUUAUCGAAGUUCGAGAGAAAAGAUCGUCUAUUCCUCGUUCCAGUAGAUCCAACGAUACCCAGAGUUCCGACGAGGAGGAGAGAGGAUCCAACCAGGGAUUCCCUGGAACCCAUCUUGGUGUAUCAGUCUUUGAUUUUAUAGACAAGUUAAACCAGAGAACUAGUUCUCUUCACAACCCUUUGUUCUGCCCGGAACUGCAGCAAACUGUUCUCCGUCCCUUCUCCCAUAUGUCGGAUCUAGUGCUGUGGGACUACUAUAUAGAGGAGGAACUGAGAUUUGGUCCAUGCUACGACAUGGAGUAUGCGGAGAUAGAUCUAACCUUACAGGACGAGGGGAACCUGGAUCCCAGAGAAACCAAUAAGACUCUGACCAAAGGAUACGACACCAUGGUACGAGACCACCCGAAUUCUAGUUCUAAGCUGCUGAAGGAUAUUCAAGAUCUAGAGACUGAACUUGGAUAUCUACCUCAUCGAUGGCAACAUCAUUGGGAGAAGCUGGAAGCUCCGCCAGCCCAUCCUCCGCCUCCACCGCCACGAAGUACCCACUCCGGACAUCCUCCGCCUCUGAGUACAAACUCUGUCCAGCCUACUACCCCCAGUAUGUAUGUACGGGACUACGGGCGGAGUGUUCAUAAACGAUCAACUAUUGAACUCCUGUUGAAAGGGAAGAUGGGCGUGAGCAGUGGAAACGCCGAGGGGGGCGGAGCCGCGUAUACACAUCCUCACAGAUUUGAGAAAUUUAACUAUACAACCCCAACCUACUGUGAUCUUUGUAACUCCGUUCUUUGGGGUAUUGUCAGAACCGGAUAUAGAUGUCAGGACUGUGGGUUGAACUGCCAUGAGAAGUGUAGAGAAAAUGUAACUAAAGCCUGUACAAAGUACAAAUCUGUACAGAGGGAUCCAACCACGGAGAACCUAGAUGCAAGACUGACCGGAAACCAGAGUUCUGGGGGAUAUUUCCCCUACGCCAGGGGAGAACGACAGGGGGAAUCCACUAAUAUUAUUUAUCAGGGAUACCUGUAUAAACGAGGAGCUCUUUUAAAAGCCUGGAAACAGCGCUGGUUUGUAUUGGACUCUAUCAAGCAUCAGCUGAGAUACUAUGAUACUAGGGAGGAUCUACACUGCAAAGGAGCAAUAGAUCUAUCAGAGGUGCGGGGAGUAUGUGAAGGUAGUUCUGUUCCAGGAGCUCCGAAGAAAACUGAUGAAUGUUGUUUCUUCGAUCUUCAGACAUCGAAGAGAAACUACAGUUUAUGUGCAGAGAAUAAACAACAGGCCAUUGACUGGCAGGAGAAAAUUCAGAGUUGUCUCUAAACUAUUCAUACUUUAUAUAUAUAUACAUUCAUACCCUGAUACAAUGUUCAACCUGUUCAAACCAAACCUCAAGUUCAGUAUGUUACCUAGAUACAUGAUACCAAACCUCAAGUUCAGUAUGUUACCUAGAUACAUGAUACCAAACCGUUUUAAUUCCACUCUAUGCAAACUCUUGUUCAAAGUCAAGUGAUCUUUAUUUGUGAAGAUCCUCAGUGCUAUUAUUACGAUUUUUUAAGUGCCUUAUUCGCUGGCCUAUUCUGCACCUUGGCGCCUAUGAUUACUCUUAUUCUCUCUUAUUCGCUGGUCUAUUCUGCACCUUGGCGCCUAUGAUUACUCUUAUUCUCUCUUAUUUAUGAGUUUCAGCAUGACUAUUGAUAUUAUUUCUCUAUAGUGUUGUUCAGAGCUUAUAUGUAUUAAUGUUCAAUCUUUGAAAUCUUUUAUUACAGUUUGGGAAUACAAUCUUUUCAAAGCUUU